AUGAUGAAAUCAAACAGCUUUUGGUUACCUCUCAUAUUGCUUGGGGUCUUCCCGUCGGUCGCCAGGGGAUGGAUGGAUGUGGAUGGGAGCAGAAGGCUUUACUCGGAUGCAGGGAGGUUACACCAGGAGGACUCCAGAAGGUUUGAAGUUACACGAAGAAAAGUGCUCUAUGGGCAGGAUGGUCUGCAUGCCUCGUGUGAGAAGAAGUACUGUGGCCGGGGGAGUAAGUGUGUGGUGAACAAGGACACCAACCAGCCCGAGUGCAGGUGUGUAGAAGACUGCAAGCCCAGCUACAUGCCUGUGUGUGGAUCUGAUGGCAGAUUUUAUGAAAAUCACUGUCAACUGCAUCGAGCCUCUUGUCUGCAGAGGAAGAAAAUCUACAUUAUCCACAGCAAGGACUGUUUCUUCAAAGGUGACAGCUGUACCAUGGCAGACUACAGCCGGCUGAAGAACAUCCUGCUGGACCUGCAAGCCCAUCGGCACAGCCCCCCAGCCCAGGACAGGGUCUCCCAGAAGCGUCUCUUGGUGGAGGAAAUGUUUCAGCACUUGGAUGGGAACGGCGACGGGCACCUCAGCGCCUCGGAACUGGCUCAGCUAAUGAAGGAGGAGGACCUGGAAGAUGAUUUCCUGGGUUGCACACUGGAAGACCUGCUCCGGUUUGAUGACUACAACAACGACGGCCACUUAACCCUGCAUGAGCUCUACACAGCCUUCCAGGUGGUUCAGCUGAGCCUGCCAGAGGAGCAGAAGGUCAGCCUGACCACCAUCACCGUUGGCCUGAGCACCGUGCUGACCUGCGGCAUCCGCGGGGCGCUGCGACCUCCCAUCAUCUGGAAGCGCAACGGUGUGAUCCUCAACUUCCUCGACCUGGAGGACAUCAAUGAUUUUGGAGAAGACGAUUCCCUCUACAUCACCAAGGUAACAACUAUUCACAUGGGCAAUUACACCUGUCACGCCUACGGCUACGAGGAGCUGUAUCAGACCCACAUCCUUCAGGUGAAUGUGCCCCCAGUGAUUCGUGUGUACCCGGAGACGCAGGCGCAGGAGCCGGGGGUGUCGGCCAGCCUCAAGUGUCACGCCGAGGGGAUCCCUAAUCCCUGGAUCACCUGGCUGAAGAAUGGCCUGGAUAUCAUGCCAAAACUAUCCAAGCAGCUAGUGCUCCUUGCAAACGGAAGUGAACUUCAUAUCAGCAGCGUUCGAUACGAAGACACUGGUGCCUACACCUGCAUUGCCAAAAAUGAGGUGGGAGUGGACGAGGACAUAUCUUCACUUUUCAUAGAAGACUCAGCAAGAAAGACCCUUGCAAACAUACUGUGGCGAGAGGAAGGCCUGAGUGUUGGGAACAUGUUCUAUGUCUUUUCUGAUGAUGGGAUCACAAUCCUUCAGCCGCACGAAUGUGAAAUCCGGAGACACAUCAGGCCUGAAGAGAGGAUUUUCACAAGUUCUGAAGAGAUCUGUCCUAGAGUGGAAGGGGAAGGCACUCAGUCCUGCCUCUGGGCUUCAGCAGUCAACGUCAGAGACAAGUACAUUUAUGUGACACAGCCUAAGCAGAACAGAGUCAUGAUCAUUGAUAUCCAGACUCAGAAAGCCAUGCAGUACUUGGAUGUUGACCCGGUACCAACCAAAUUACAUUAUGACAAGUCUCACGACCAAGUCUGGGUGCUCAGCUGGGGUGACAUGCACAAGUCCUCACCAACACUGCAGGUGAUACCGGAGGCGAGCGCGGGGCAGGAGCAGCACGUUAUCCGCGCGCCGUUUCAAGGAGUGGAGGAUUUCUUUAUACCACCUACAAAUCUUAUUAUUAAUCACGUUAGGUUUGGCUUCAUCUUUAACAAGUCGAAAUCUGCAGUUCACAAAAUCGACCUAGAAACUGUGACCCACAUCAAGACUAUCAACUUCAAAAACUACAGCUGCGUGCCGCAGACCAUGGCUUACACCCACCUGGGUGGUUACUUCUUUGUCCAGUGUAGGAGAAGCAGCUCAGUGGCUGUGACACCACAGCUCAUCAUUGACAGUGUCACCGAUGCUGUCGUCGGCCCCAACGGCGACGUGUCGGGCACACCUCACGUCUCGCCCGACGGACGCUACUUGGUCAGUGCAGAUGAAGCCACUGGCAGGAUCAAAGUCCAGGCUCUGACUGUCCGAGGGGAAAUCCAGUUGAUUUAUGACUUACAGACAAGCAUACACGUAUCUGAUCUGACAUUUCAACCCUCUUUCACUGAAGGCAAUCAGUACUAUAUAUAUGCUACUUCGCAUUUGCAAACAGAUGUGCUUUUUGUAGAGCUGUCAACGGGGAAAAUGAAUGUACUGAAGAAUUUAAAGGACCCUAUCACAUCCAAAGACUGGCCCUGGAGCAACUACAACAGAAUUAUGAAAGACAGUGGAUUAUUUGGACAGUAUCUCAUUACACCAGCUAAAGAGUCAUUGUUUGUUAUAAAUGGGAGGCAAAAUACGUUACGGUGUGAGGUUUCAGGUAUAAGGAGGGGUAACACAAUUGUCUGGGUGGGAGAGGUAUGAAAGGGCAAUAGCAGUAGAGCCUUCAGCAGGCAAGUACCAGUUGGACUCUGACACUGCAAGCAAUGGGCAGUAGCAUUGUAUAUUUUUACAC